AUGAAUUUUGCACGUGGACUUCGUCUGCUACAAAACACCCACGUCUUUGCAAGGUCGCGGUUAUGUUGGGUGUUACGCUCCAAACUUUUACGUCACGGGAGACGUAUUUCUGUAUCAGCAUUGUUUGCAGCGCCAGUAGUUAAUUCAGCGUCACCUGAUGACAAAGAAAAGUUGAAGGGGCCAGAUGCCAACAAGCUGACACACUCCUAUCUGAUACGGAACGCUUGUGCGUUAUCCAUAGAUUCUGCGUCCGCUCUAUUCCAUCAGACUCUCAUAGCUCUGUUGGAUGCAGAGAAAGACUAUGCAGAGGCUGUGUAUGUACUUAUAAGUCUUCUUGACUUCCAUCUGUCAGCUCUAAAUUUUGAUGAAAAGGAGCAAAACAAGAUAUGGGAUCUGAUUGUCAACCAGAAGCAACUUGUGAACGAGAAGAAAGCGAACAAACAGGAACUUGAGCUUUUAUUCCUUUCAGUGGAGAAUGUCCUCAACAGUCUGGCACAGGCUGCCUUUCUGGCUGGCGCUGAGGUGUCAGCUAUCAGGACAGGUGAGGAGCUGUUCUCAUGUCAGUCACACUUGAGACAAGCCAGAGAGCUGUCCUCACAGGCCGAACAGAAACUCACAGAGAUGGACGUCAAAGUUAUCCAUGUCACCAGUGAACACGAAGAGAAAAAGAAGAAGGACCAGUCAGAAACUCCAGCGACGAUGAGGGAGGCUGAUAUUGUCUUGACUAACAGUGAUGAGAAUCAAUGAUAUUGCAUAUGUUUUGUAACAUUCUUGAUGUAUGCUCUUGUGGUGGCUAUUCCAGGCACCCUGGCUUCCUCCACAGUCAUAAUACACUGUGGGUUUGUAUAUAUAUUGGGGCCUUCAGUGGCUUAUGCAAAAAUUAGGGUCUUCUUUCAUAAAAUGUCUGUCAGUCAAAAAUUUCUGACUUUUCUCAGUGUUGUUUCUGAAAAAAUUCUAACCUAACUUAAUAUGCAUAACAUUAUGCAGAUAUCAUACCAUCUUAUUCACGGCCUGCUGGGAUGAUGAAGCAAAGCUGUUCGUUUAAUUCCCAGUCUUCAUAUGGAGACAGAUACAUGUAGAACCCAAUCUGACUUGAUGUCACUAUUCCCAGUUAAAUGUCCACAUGGGUUGGCCAUAGGGGGAAAUGUUUCCGGGGAAAAUGUCCACUGGGCAUUGGCCACUGGGUGAAAUGACCCAGGGGGAAAUGUCCACGGGGAUUGGCCAUAGGGGGAAAUGACUCAGGGGAAAAUGUCCACAGAGAUUGGCCAUAGGGGGAAAUGUCCUCUGGGGAUUGGCUAUGAGGGAAAUGACCCAGGGGGAAAUGUCCAUAGGGGGAAAUGACCCAUUGGAAAAUGUU